AUGUCCCUCCCCCUGGAACUCCGCUUCCAAAUCUACGCCCACCUCCUCACCAUCCCUCCCACCUCCUCCUCCUCCUCCUCCUCCACCUCUUCAAAAUCAUCACCACCACCCUCUUCUUCCCACGCCGCCGCCCUCUCCGCCACCCAGCCGUCCCCCCGCGAGCCCUCCCACGUCCACCCAGCAAUCCUCCUCGCCAACCGCCAAAUCAACUGGGAAGCCACCCCCUUCCUCUACUCCUCCAACAUCUUCGUCGCCCACCCGUCCCUGCUGACGGCCUUCCCCCGGCUACGCAACUGGUACCCUCCCCUCCGCGAGGCGAAAACCCUCGUGCCCCUCAUCCGGAGGUUCCACAUCCAGGUCCGCCUCGACUUGCCUCUGCCGUUCGAUCGCGAAAGGGCAAGGGACGCCUUCUCGGGCCUGGACGAGCUCUCGGUCGAUGUCGUCCAGGCCAUGUUCCUCGGCGUCGACUGUGCCAAUUUGGCCGUCUUCGAGGCCGUGCGCGGCGUCAAGAGGGUCAGGUUCGGGGGCAGCACCACCGGCUUCGAGGACUAUCUUGCUUGGCUGGUGGGCGCCAUGACGAGUCCUGUCGGGACGGAGGUUGUGCCUUUUGAGCCCGUGUGCGAAUCGCCGUGGGCACAUCUCUGGAGGGGACAUACGAAUCUCGUCAGGUCGGCGGCGGUUCAGGUUGAGAAACAGGAGUGA